AUGGCUUCCCAACAACCUCUUGUGAUUGUUGAUCCUACUUCACAUACAACAACAACACUGCCUCUUUCUCUUCCUCGUCGUUAUCCUUCCCGUGAUGCUCCACGAGCUUGGUUUGAGAGUUUUUCUACUGUGUUUACAUCUCUCGGAUUUCACCCUAGUGAUCAUAAAUCUGUUUUAUUUGUUAGGUCCAAUUCUCAUGGUCGUAUUACACUUUUCUUGUAUGUUGAUGAUAUGAUUAUUAUAAGUGGUGAUGUUAAUGGGAUUAAUAAGUUAAAGUUAUUGUUAUCUAAGCAGUUUGAAAUGAAGGAUUUAGGCACUCUUCAUUAUUUUGUAGGGAUUGAAGUUUCCUACUCCCCUAGAGGUUAUCUUCUUUCUCAAUCCAAGUACAUUGCUAGCAUUCUUGGGAAAGAUCUCUUAUCUAAUACUCGAGUAGUAAAUAGCCCUUUUGAGAUAAAUGUGAAUUAUGCUUCUUUUGAUGGAGCUAUUCUACCAGAUCCCACCUUAUAUCGUACUUUGGUUGGAAUUUUGGUGCACCUUACUAUUAUUAUACUUGAUAUUGCUUAUGAAGUUCGUGUUGUGGAAUUACGUGUUUACUAUGAUGUUGAUUGGGCUGGUGAUCCUACUGACUAUAAGUCUACCACAUGGUUUUAUAUCUUUCUUGGAUAUUGUCUCAUAUCUUGGAAGAGUAAAAGCAAGGCAUUGUCUUUCGCUCUUCUACAAAAGCAUAGUAUCAUGCACUGA